AUGCAGCCAGCAGCAGCAGCAGACAGCAGCAGCACCGCAGCAAGCAACAACAGCAGCAGCAGCAGCAGCCGAGAUGCAGCCAGCAGCAGCAGCAGACAGCAGCAGCACCGGAGCAGCAGCAGCAGCGGCAGCAGCAGCAGCAGCAGCAGCAUGAGGGAUGCAGACAGCACUGCUGCCAGCAGCAGACCCCCAGCCUCUAGGAACAGCCACACAAACGCAGGCUCCCGCAGCGGAGACACGAGGCCUACCAGCAGCAGCAGCAGCAGCAGCAGCAGCAGCAACAGCAACAGCAGCAGCAACAACAACAGAGACAACAAUCGCCCGCGCACACAUACCCAUACAUCGUCUGCUUCUAGAGGCAGCAGCAGCAACAGCAGCAACAGCAGCAGCAGCAGCAGCAGCAGCGGGAGCAUGCAGAAGCCUAGAGCAGCACCGAAGGCGCCGCCCCCUAUCGUUGCCCCGCGCGGAAUCAGCAGCAAGACAGGCCCUGCUGCUGCUGCUGCUGCUGCUGCUGCACCUGCUGCCUCGACGGCUGCUGGGGCCUUUCAUCAAGCACCUCAAUCCGCUGCACCUGCUGCUGUCAGCAGCAGCAGCAACAGCAGCAGCAGCAACAGCAGCAGCACUGAGGCAUCCGGGCGCAUGAGCAGCAGCAGCAGCGGGAGCAUGCAGAAGCCUAGAGCAGCACCGAAGGCGCCGCCCCCUAUCGUUGCGCCGCGCGGAAUCAGCAGCAAGACAGGCCCUGCUGCUGCUGCUGCUUGCAGGCUCCCGCAGCGGAGACACGAGGCCUACCAGCAGCAGCAGCAGCAGCAGCAGCAGCAGCAAUAG